AUGGCUUUGAAAUAUACCGCAAUACUUUUCACCAUCUUCCUUUUAUUCGUCGUUCAAGUAACUUUCGUAGAAAACUUAAAGUCACAAGAAUCCCUUGUCUGUUGUCCAAAGGGCAAAUCCAACACAGCAUCCCUCACAAUAUCAAAAGUACAACCCGGAGCCAAAAUACAAACAGUUGAAAGCAAAGAUUGUAUCAGAGCUGAAGACAUCAAAGUCAUGGGUGAUGGCAUGGGUGACAUGGUAUUAACAGCAGUUGUCGUUCCCAAAGAUGUAUUAGAUCAAAAACGUGCAAGUGGCGAACCAAUUAAUGCCGAUAGUGCUGGUUGUAAGGAUCCUACCGAAUUCUGUAUGCAAACUGAUUCAAUGGAAACAAAUGAUAAUUGUAUCGUUGUAACAAAUGUCAGCAAAGAAGAAACUCAGAUUUCAUGUGAUUCUGCCGUCUUCAAGCAAUAA